AUGCGACGACUCGUCGACCAGACUAUCAAACAUUUCGGUAAACUUGAUAUUCUCGUCAAUAACGCCGGCGCCGGCAGUUCGGGUCCAAUCGCCGACAAAAAUUAUUACGAGAUCUAUCAAAAGCAAAUGGAUAUAAAUCUCAAUUCUGUGGUCUAUUUAACCCACAUUUGUGUCGAGCAUUUGGAGAAAACAAAGGGGAAUAUUGUCAACAUAUCAAGCAUGGGCGGUUUAAGAGCUGUAAUAGACUUUUCACCAUACAAUAUGGCAAAGUGUGCUCUCGAUAUGUUUACCCGUUGUAUGGCAGCCGAGUUGGGACCUAAACGCAUCCGGGUUAAUGUUAUCAAUCCCGGUCCCGUUGAUUCUGGCUUCGCAACCGCUAUGGGAUUGAGUCAAGAGAUGUCCGAUAAACUAAUGGACGGCUACAGACAGAUGGUGCCGGUCGGCCGGUCGGGUUCGCCCAAUGAUAUUGCCUACGCUAUACUAUACCUGGCCAGUGACCAUGCUGCUUUUGUUACCGGCACUAAUUUAAUUGCCGAUGGUGGUUGCGUGGCCGCCAAUCUUCUUAACCCGGAUGCGUUGAAUAAAUAUUUGUAA